AACACGCCGGAAUGGACCAAUAAUAAUUGUUUUCUUAUUUUCUAUAUUUAACGUCUUUUAGAAUUAAAAAAAAUCGUUAAAAUUAAAACCAAAUUGUAACAAAAUAUAUUCCGCUGUUCGUGUGCGCGUUUUGGUUCCGACAAGGAAGGAGAAACGGUUCUUUAGAUUUACGUUUGAACACGGCGGAAUGGACCAAAGACAUCACCUCGGAAACGCCCCACCGUCGCAGUCCUUUCGUGGAGGAAGGCCCCCCGCUGCAGCGCCGGAGAGACACCAAGGGUCUCAGUACCCCGAGCCGUAUCCCUUAACCAAAUAUGCGGCGUCCUCGGUUGCUAUGGGGACCCGUGGUAAGGACGAGUACGGCGGACAACUCCAAGAACAAAUGCAGUUACAGAGGUCGAAGGAAGCUAGUAAGCAGAUGGUGUAUUCCGUCUUCGGCAACUUCCUUGCCAUCCUAGAGGAGUACGAGGCACGCCAGUCUCCACAUAGGAACAUCCGGCGCUCCGAUAUUGCCAUAGCCGAUCAGUCACGGAAGACCGACGAAGACAUUGAGAGUAUCGUGGAGACCCAGUUGUUGUUGUUCGAGACCCAGUUCCGGUCAUGUAACAGCGAUGCGCGCUACGAGGUUAAAGAACAACUCAAAUGGAAAGCUAUCCAGUGGAGCGCCGUGCGUGCAGAACAAGGCUGCAGUAUGCGCCAGGUGGACGUGUUCAUCGCCCAAUUGUACGAGAUACUGGAGAAUAACCGUACUACGCAUGCGCACACAUCUAGACCCAAGCCGACAAUCAGUGAGGCGACAAUCCGCUCAAACCUGCCACACAUAAUGGCGGGAAAACACGAACAAGUGACGCUGGACUCGGCGUUCAAGGCUGACACGUCACGUGCCGCGGAGUGCCCUCGUGUCAGGAAACCCGUUGACUACGACGCCCUAGUUCUUGGAACGAAGCGAAUUGGUAACGCCAUUCCGAGUCUCAUGCCAGCUCUGAGCAGAUUCAUCGACAAAAAUCCGGAUAAGUUUACAAGUUUACAGUAGAUGUAAUGCAGUUACAGACAGAAUGUGAACACUAAAUAGUAUUCAGGUUAUCAUAAUCAGCGCUACUGAUUACCUGCUGUCAGAAUGUGUUACUAUUGGAUAAAUUUUUUAGUGGUCAUGUACUCAUUAAAAUGAUAAAGAAUAUUACAGUUAUAUGCAUGAUGUCGAUAUACUUAAAUCACAGUUAAAAGAAAAUAUUGUAGUGUCAUCCGUAAUUAUUAUUCAAAGUGAAAAUAUGCAUUUCAAAACGGAUUUUAAUUAUGCUAUUAUGGAGAAUAGGCGUUUAGAAAAAUCUUAAGUUUUA